AUGGGGAGAUCGGAGCCUCCAUUCCUUUACGAUCGCCCAAACGCAUAUCGCUUCUAUGGACCGACAGACCCUGAAUUUGACCCAAAGGCCGUGACGCAAGCGAGCCGGACUCCUGCGUCUCCCAGACAGCGGCCCAAUGGGCCACUGGUCACUUUCAAUAGACAUCCAGACACAUGGGAGACUUUGAAUGAAAAGAAGCCAACAUGGACGCCAAUGAGCCCUCGAACAAAAAGCUGGGUCAAAGGUGUGAGGGCAACGCAGCUGUUUGUGCGCUCUGUUACGCUCCUUGGUGCGCUUGCAUCUCUUUUCUGUGGCAUCGUUGUCACAAAAGCCGGGACAACGGUUAUCUGGAUUAUCAGAGCGGGGCCGAUUGUUGCGAUUUUGCAUACACUUUACGCGAUUUAUCAUCUUUUCCGUUCUCCAGUCACGCGCCCUCCGGCUUCCCAGGCUAGUUAUGGAGUGUUCGCUGGCGUUUUAGAUGCUGGCUUGAUACCGUUCUACGUGUUUACAGCAUUUAUGGCUAACCGGGACUACUGGGAUGCGACGGGCGAGUACGACUGGAGCACUUUAAUCGGCGGUGACGAAGUCGCCCUCGAUAUCGUCGAGGCUAUGUUUAUUUGCGGUAUUGUCAACAGCGGACUGCAUCUUGUUUCCUUCUGUCUUUCCAUUUUCCUGGCAAUUGUCUUCAAAAAGAUUGCGCAGUUGCCUCCUGACAUGAACCCACUGGAGGAUAACUUGACAGCGCGUCCACGCAGAGGCUUCCGCAAGAUCGAUACAGACGAGAAGCAUAUGAGCUCAUCGACCUUGCAUUCAAAUACCGAGGACCCACUCAUGGGCUCGCCCCGCACUCUCGCAUUCAUGCAUACUCGUAACGAGUCUUUUGGAGGUGAAACCAUUCGAGGUUCCGUGGACUUGAGCAACGAGAAGCCCCAGCCUCAAAUACAUGUCCAACACCCACACCGUCUCUCCCAUUUGGAGCCAGCAAGCCCAGAUAACUACUUUGAUCUCAACGUUGACCAUGAAUUCGAUUUCGCCUCAACCGACCCUACCCCAGAGUAUCGCAAUGUGCCUGCGCGAUCGCCAAACAUCGUGGAGCCAGAGACUCAUACUCGUCAACUGGCUUCUCGUACUGCGAACAGAUCCGACUCUGUGAGCCCUAUAUCCAACAACUGGGUUGCGUAUCCAGAACGUGACGGAUCACCCAUCAGCGAUGUGCAAAGCCAAACUGGUCAGAAUAACAAUAAUGCCCUCCGUCAAUCCUCUUCGGUCUAUAGUCGACGAACAGAUAAAUCCGCAACAUCAACAGGUAGUGGAAUCCGUGACUGGUUCGCUUACGCCCCAAAGAACGCCCCAAGCAUCGGAAGCGCAAUUGUCGAAGAUACCCGUGGAGAGUAUGCAUCUCUGGCAGCGCACGAGUACUACGGAAAUGGGGAAGAUAAAGAGCAAGACCUCGGAGAUCAACAACGCUUCAAUGUCUUCCCCGACCCAGCAGAGCAUGAUCAUGAUAACGACGAUGGGCCGGCUGACGGCCUCCCAUUCAACCCUCUGAUGCUAAACCCACCUACACCGCAACCCAACUUGACUGAAACGCAAGAGAAUACCGACCCCGUUCGCCGCAGUCCACUCGGCGAUAACCCCAAUUUCUCUCAGAACCAAAAGGCACGCGGCUUUGUUCCGCAUGAAGAUCCCGAUUUCUCUCCAUCCUCCAAGAACGUGCUCCACGGUGACUUUGAUUUCGAAGAAGACAACCCCAAUCUUACUAUACGCGACGUAAAUGACCAAGAAGAUAUGAAGCGGAAACCAUCAAAGCUUACUAAGAAGCGCAGCAAAAAGCUAUCUGCCUAUCAAUCUUUGAAAAAGGAUGACAGUGACGAUGAAGGAUACCUCAGUGCUCGUGUGCCUUCCUCGCCCGCAAUCCAGGAGAGAGAUCGCAAGGGCCGUGUCGUUAGCAACUCCGGUGCUGACACAGCUCGAUCAGGUCUUGUCAGUGGAGUCGGUGCUUCUCUGUCUUCAUACGGAAGCUAUAUUGCUGGACUAGGUGUUGGACGGCGCCGCGACGUAAGUGGUAAAGUUGCUGAAGAGGGACGCGGAGGAAAGAGUGUCGAGGUUCGACCUGCUGCUAGUGCUAACCCCAGUCCGAACCAAAGUCCUGCUGGUCCUGCUCGGGCUGCUGGAUGGGCACGGUUUGCGGGGCUGUGA